UUAAACUUAGAAGACUUUCCCUGAACAGAGUGGAUGGUGUGUUACUUUUCGUCGUGGGCAGUGUACCGGCCGGGUAAUGGCAUGUUUGAUGUGGAUAAUGUCGACCCAUUCCUCUGUACCCAUCUCAUCUUCGGCUUCGCUGGUCUCAGUAACCAAACCUGGCAGAUUGAGGUUCUGGACCCAUGGAACGAGCUGUGCCCACCGCUGGGUGGUAAAUGUGCCUAUGACCGCUUCGUGGCGCUCAAACAGAAGAAUGCCAACCUGAAGACCAUCCUUGCUGUGGGAGGAUGGAACGAGGGGUCCGACGACUUCUCCGUGAUGGCCAGUGACCCCAACAAGAGGCAGACCUUCAUCAACAGCGCCAUAACACUAGUCAAUGAACACGGCUUCGACGGUCUCGACGUCGACUGGGAGUACCCUGGUUUAAGAGGGGGCAACCCUGACGACAAGGCAAACUUCGUGACGCUGAUUCAGGAGUUCCGUGAGGAGUUCGAUAAGUACCGACCUCCGCUGCUGCUCUCAGGGGCACUCUCGCCGGGCAAGGAUACCAUUGAUGAAGCAUACGACUUGCCAACCCUCUCCCAGGCCUUCGAUAUCAUCAAUGUGAUGGGUUACGACUAUCAUGGUGCCUGGGAUAACUUUACCCAUCACAAACCGCUCCUCUCUGUGAAUCGAUUACACCGACCAAUGGGAUCUGUUCGUUUGAGCAUUCUUUACAAUCUUCAGCACUAUAUGGAGGGUCUGCCAGUUACUAUACUAAAAAUGUCGCGAAUAAGGCAUCUGCGACUAACAUUUGACUUGUGCCAGGACUGUGAUUCAUGGAUCACAAGCACGGCUACUGAGCUGACUACCACCACCACUACUGAGCCGACUACCACCACUACCACUACUGAGACGACUACCACCACUACCACUACUGAGACGACUACCACCACUACCACUACUGAGCCGACUACCACCACUACCACUACUGAACCGACUACCACCACCACCACCACCACUACUGAGCCGACUACCACCACUACUGAGCCGACUACCACCACAACUGAGCCGACUACCACCACUACUACUGAGCCGACUACCACCACUACUACUACCACUACCACUACCACCACUACCACUACUAAGCCGACUACAACUACUCCUGCUGAUUCCACCACAACUCUCCGCCCUUACAUCAAACCCAACUGCAGUGUUCUCAGUGACGGAAGCAAGUUCCCUCACCCUGACUGUAACAAGUUCUGGGAGUGCCGGGACGGGCAGGCCAUAGUGAUGCUGUGUGCUGGUGGCACAGUCUGGGAUGACGUGCUUCAGAUCUGCAACUGGGAAGAGAAUGUUGACAUCUCCAACUGCAACAUGUGGACUUGUCAGGUGGAUAACGAGUACUAUGCUGCCGAAGACUGUGACAAGUACUACUGGUGCUACCAGGGGUCGCCACACCUCGAGCAGUGCCCCAAUGGUCUCUUCUGGAAUCAAAACGUUCUGCAGUGUGAGGAUCCUUCCCUUGUUGAUACUUCCUUCUGCAACCAUUGAUGUGUCUACAACAACCAGCCACUGAUCCUUACCACCACAACCACCACUGAUCCUCGCCAGCACAGAUCCUCACCUCCACAAUCACCAUUGAUCCUCACCACUACAACCACCAAUGAUCCUCACCACCACAACUACCACUGAUCCUCAGCUCUACAACCACCACUGAUCCUCACCUCCACAACCGCCACUGAUCCUCAGCACCUCAACCACCACUGAUCUUCACCACCGCAACCACCAGUGAUCCUCACCUCCACAACCGCCACUGAUCCUCAGCACCUCAACCACCACUGAUCUUCACCACCGCAACCACCAGUGAUCCUCACCUCCACAACCGCCACUGAUCCUCAGCACCUCAACCACCACUGAUCUUCACCACCGCAACCACCAGUGAUUCUCACCUCCACAACCACCACUGAUCCUCAGCACCUCAACCACCACUGAUCCUCAGGACCGCCACCAUCACAACUAUCUCAACCAGCCAUUGAUCUUCAGUACCGCCCCAACCACCUACAAACACCAGCACCACUACGACCACUUCAACAAACAGCCACCCAAAACAACCACCAGACUAGCCACCAAAUCAGCUACAGUCGCCCACCACCACCACCACUAUCACAAGAACAACUACA